AUGCCUAAUAUGACUACAGCAGGAAACACGAUAGCCAGCACAACAACAACAGGAUUGAUAGCACCAAAUAUAACUACAUCAUCAAUGAUAACAACAUCAACGAUAACAACUACAGGAUUAACAGUACAAAACAUGACUACAACAUCAACAACAACAGAGCUAACAGUACCAAACAUCACUACAACAUCAACAGCGUCACCAAACAUCACUGCAACAUCAACGGCGUCACCAAACAUGACUACAACAUCAACAACAACUACAGAAGUGACAACACCAAACUUGACUACAACAUCAGCGGCAACAAUAACAGGGAUAACAGGACCAAACAUGACUACAACUGUAUCAACAACAGAUUCAACAGUACCAAAUAUGACUACAACGGUGUCAAUAACAACAGAAAUAACAACACAAAACAUGACUACGACAUCAAUGACGACAAGCGUCACAAUAUCUAAUACGACCACUGACUCCUUGAUGCCAGUCUCGGCUACCAUGCUACCAGUUUCGGAUGUAUCAUUCUUGACAGUGGGCACCCAGGUUCCUAAUACAAAUGAAACAUCAUCGACAAUAACAACCGCAAGCGUGCUGCAAAACAUCAGUAGCUCAUCGCUGGCAGUAGAAUCAGCAGCCAUGCUGUCUGAUACAACUGGAUCAUCGUUAGUACCUACAACAGAAACGAUUCUACUUGAUGCAUCCCCUACAUCAGUGACAGCAGCAGUACGAACCGGGCUGUCGGCUACUGCUUCACCGUCAUGGAUAACAGGAACUGUGUUGUUUGAUGCAACAACACCAUCAUCCACAGUCAUAACCGAAAGCAGGCUAUCUAGUAUAGCUACACUGUCACCUACACCAACGACGGGCACGAUACUGCAAUUUAUGAAUUCAUCAUCGUUAGGAACCGAAACGAUAGUGUCUAAUGCAAAUGCAAUAGCAUCGGUCACAGAGACUUUGAUGCCGGAAAUAAGUACACAACGGUCCAUAGCAACUCAACAAACCAUUGUUUCUACUAUGAGUACAUCGUCAAUGACAGCAACUGCAGGCACAAUACAGUCGUUUACGGGUGCAUCAUCAUCAGGAACGGGAACUACAGUGCUUCCUACAACUGCGCCAUCAUCAGUGCAUGUAACAGAAACAAUGUUGUCUAAUGCUCCUUUAGUGUUCCCGACAGUCGCAAAAGAAACAACUGUGUCUGAUACUACUUCAGCAUCUACAAGAACAGGAACGGCACCAACGGUGGAAGCUAUGCUUUCGUUUACCACUGCUCCAUCAUCACAAACAUCACCUAUGUUGUAUAAUGCUACUGAACAAGCGUCGGGAACAGGAAAUACAAUGCUGUACACAAGUACACCGUCCCAGGUACUUGGAACAGAAACUUUGUUGUCGAAUAUAACCAUACCGUUGCAGACAGUAGGAGCAGUAACUCUCCCAUUGUUCACGACUGCACCAUCAUCAAUGUCACCAACUAGGACGUCUAAUACAACUGCAGAAUCAUUAGGAACAGAAACAUUUAUGCCUGAUGCAAACACAUCAUUAUUCGCAGCUACAGCACAAAACACACUGUCUAAUAUGACGUUGAUGUCAUCGGCAGGAACAGCUGAAAGCAUGCCGCCGUUUACAACUGUGCCGGGAUUGGUAUCGAAAACAAUGGUGUCUGAUGCAACUGCACGUUCGGUGGAAACAUCAGUCAUGAUGUCUCAUACAACAACAUCAUUGUCAUCGACUAUACCACAAACCAUUCCAUCUAAUUCUGCUCCCGCAUCGUUAGCACCAGAAAGUCCAUUACCUAAUAUCACUAUACCACCGGCAGCAGCAACCACUGGAUUUAUGUCGCCAUUCACGACUGUGCGGUCGUCGGGAACAGAAACGGUGCUGUCCGUUGCAACUGAAUCCUCAUCGACAGUCACAACCGAAACUAUGAUGCCCAAAAUGUCCACAUCGUCACUGGCACAAACUACUAGAAGCAUGUUGCCGUUUACAACUAGAUCAUCAUCAUGGGCGAGCACAAUCCUGCCUGAUACAACCGCACCAUUACUAGCUACAACAGGUAGGAUGCUCGUGAAUACUACUGCAUCAUCAGUUGCAACGACAGUAUCGGUCACGUCUAUAAAUGCAUCUCCGAUCACGUCCAUAAUGCCAAUCAAUUGGAAUUAUGACUAUUACUGUCGAAUGUAUGGUGUUUACAAUUUUCCAAGCAUCAAUGGAUCAAUGUUGACAAUAGAUGAUUCAAGAAUUGAUCCAAUCAAUCCAUCAUGUUUUGGAAAUCAGUCAAACAGUAGAGUAUUAUGGCAAUAUCUUGGAUCUAACGUCUCACGUAAAUCUUCAUUGAUAAUUCUUUCUGGUUCAUUGGCUUCGAAUCAGAUAUAUCAAUUCAUGGUCAUUAUGACAUAUCGUCAAAAUUCUUCUUUACAAGCUACUGGUUCUGUUCUAGUGCAUAUUCAAGAUUCUAAUCCUCAUAUGAUUGCUAUUGUUUGUGCUAUAUCUACUAUGUGUAUUCCAAAUGUUGAAUAUCAGUAUUUUAAUCCGACAACUCAAGUAGCACUUUUUUCUAUGUGUAUGGAUGAUUGUAAAACAGUUCAAAAUAUAACAUGGAAUAUUUAUCAAGGUUCAAUGAAUUCAUCAUCAAAUACUACACAAUGGAUUUUAUUCAAUCAAAUGAAUGCCUAUCAAGAUAUUUGGUUUUUUGGUAUGAAUACGAGCAAUUUUACGGCUAUAAAUAAGUUAUUUAUUGACAAUCCUUAUAUUAUCUAUUGGCGUUUUGAAGUUGUUUAUUCUUUUUCAUCAGAAUCAAGUUCAAGUUCUUUAAAUUUUAUUAUUAAUCGAUCACCUCAAAAUGGUUUUUGUUCAAUUAGUCCUACCAAUGGUACAACCAGUACAUUAUUUACUAUAUCUUGUUUCAAUUGGACUGAUGAUGAUGGUAUCAAAGAUUAUUCAAUCUAUGGAUGGACAACAAAUCCGACAGAUCGAGUAAUGUUUGCUCAUUCAUAUACAUCCACUACUCAACUUUUAUUAUCUGCUACAAAUGAUAAUACAUCAGUACUCAAUAUCAUUGUUUAUAUUCGUGACACAUAUGAUUGUGUUGCAGAAUUUAAUAUGUCAUCUAUUAUAGUUACACCAGAUUGGAAAAAAAUGGAAAGUCUAUUAGGUAAUUUACAAAACUCAACUAACGAUGCAUUUAUUCAAAUGCUUGCAAGUGGUAAUCAAAAUAUGGUUAGUCAAAUAGUUACAUCACUUUCACAACAAUUCAAUACAAUGAAUAAUCAAGCUAUAGAAACAGCUAUAUCAAAUGGUAUUUCAUCUACAACUAUUGCUAUAACACCAUUGGGUAGCAAAACUCAACAAUCAUCUUCUGUAUCACUAAACGCUUCUGCUCUUGCUGAGUACAAUAAACAAUUAAAUACUUAUGCAAAUGUUCGAGAUUCUCUUGUUACAUACAUAACUAAUCUUACAAUUACAACUGCUGACAGUAUUAAAUUACAAGCAUCUUCAUUAGCUCAAUUCACUCAAGCUACCAAUCAAUUAACACGUACAACUAUAAUGCUUGCAUCAGAUAAAUGUUAUCAAUUGGCAUGGGCUUUACAUUCAAUGGCAACAAUAAUUGCUAGUGAAGAUGUUCAAAUAGCAGCGAAUUAUAUAAGUCAAUGUGCAAAUAAUGUUUUAAGUAGUGUUAAUGGACCAUUACAACAACGAGCAACUAUACUUGAUUUGGAUUGGUCUCGUGCUAAUAAUUUUCCUAUUGAUUAUGAUACUGAUAUGGAAUCUGAAUGGUCUAAUCCAAAUUUAUUUGCUGAUAAUAAUGAUUUUUCAUGGGAAACAAUUCAAAAAGGUCGAAAUAGUUAUUAUCAAAAACAAAUAGCAGAUCAAAUCAAUAUUCAAGUAACAGAAACAAUAUCAUUGAUUACUAAAUCACUCAAUAUUCAUUUAAAUAUUGGUCAAAAUUCGAUAAUAAAUACAUCAUCCAUAUUGUAUUUUACAGAAACAAUAACAAUAGAAGCUUUAUCAAAUAAACUAAUUCAACAAGUUGGAAAUGCUCAAAUUCGUAUACCAUCAAAUUUUACUUUAACUACAAAUAAUAAUACAUCAAUUUCACUUCAAUCAAUAAUGCAACCACUUGCAUUAGCUGAUCAUACUAAAUUACAAUCAAAUACAAAUCUCUCAACAUCUCUUUCACUUACUAUAUUUGAUCGUAAUGGAAAUGAAAUAUCUUUUCAAACAGAUAUAGAUCAUCCAAUUGAAUUUAUUAUACUUCGUGAUUCAAAUAUAAUUAUUCCAUUGAUGAAUUUACAAAAUGUUACUUCAAUGAAUAUAACUCCUCAUUAUCAAUUAUUUAAUCUUCAUUAUAUUAAUAUUCAACAAUCACAAUGGAAUAAUAAUCGAACUGUUGCACUUAUUUUUGAAAUGCAUCCAUUGAAUAUUAGUCUUGCUUAUUUAUUAAUUUAUAGAUUUGAUGAUUCUCCACAAUUAAAUAGUUCAAUCAAUCAGACUGAUGGAUGGACUAUUUUUUGUCCUUUAAAUUUAACAAAUGAUACUCUUUAUACAUAUUUUCUUAAUAAUCAACAAACAUCUGGUCAUCAAUCAGUAAUAUUUGGUUUACGAGAAUUAAAUUCAACAGAAUUUUAUAAUUAUUGUAUAAAUCAAUCCAUUAAUAGUCCACCAAUAACAAAUCAACCAUUUAAUUUCACUUCAAAUUAUGAAUUAAGAACUUAUACGACAUGUUGUUAUUAUUUAGAUACAAAUAAUAUUUGGCAAACAGAUGGAUUAUUAGUCGGAUCUCAAACAAAUCACUAUCAAACUCAAUGUUUUUCAACUCAUUUGACAACAUUUGCUAGUGGAUUUCUUGUUUUACCAGCACCUAUCAAUUGGAAUUAUGUUUUUACUAAUGCUGAUUUUAUGAAAAAUAAAACUGUUUAUUUGACUAUUAUUUGUAUUUAUAUUCUUUAUUUUCUAUUAGUUAUUUAUGCACGUUAUAAAGAUAAAAAAGAUAUUGAAAAAUUGGGAGUUACACCAUUAUCAAAUAAUGAUUCUAAUGAUCAAUAUUUCUAUCAAAUUCUUGUUUUUACUGGUAAUAGAAAAAAUGCUGGAACAAAAUCAAAAGUUCAAUUUAUUCUUGUUGGUGAUAAUGAUGAAACAUCUGUUCGUACUUUUGUAGAUCCUCAUCGAAAGAUUUUACAACGUGGUGGAAUUGAUGCUUUUAUUAUGGCUGUUCCAAAAUCAUUAGGCUCAUUAAAUUAUAUUCGUAUUUGGCAUGAUAAUACAGGUCAUGGUGUAUCAGCAUCAUGGUUUCUUAAGUAUAUUAUUGUUCGUGAUUUACAAACAAUGGAAAAAUUUUAUUUUAUUUGUCAACAAUGGUUUGCAGUAGAAAAAGAAGAUGGACGUAUUGAACGUAUUUUACCUAUUGCUGGUGAAUUACAAAAACAAGAAUUUUCAUAUGUACUAUCGAAACAAGUUUAUUAUAGUGUAUCAGAAGGUCAUCUUUGGUUUUCAAUAUUUUCUCGACCACCAUCAAAUAGAUUUACACGUGUUCAACGAUGUACUUGUUGUUUUGUAUUACUUUUUACUGCCAUGCUUCUUAAUAUUCUGUAUUAUGAUCAAGCAAAUGAAGCAAAAACAACUAAGACUAGUGGAAGUCUAUCAUUAGGUCCACUUUAUAUAACUCCUCAACAGAUUAGUAUUGGUAUUAUUGUUGAAUUACUUUCACUUGUACCAACUUUGUUACUUAUUCAAUUAUUUCGACGAACAUCAUCUCGACGAUCUUUCCAACAAGCUUCACCAUUACGUGAAGCAUUGUACAAAUUAAAACAACAACCAAUGCCUGUUGAGUCAAAUAAGAAGAAACAAUCGAUAUGUAUGUUUCCUUGGUGGUUUUUAUUUAUUAUUUAUGGUUUAUCAUUUGUUUUGGCUAUAAGUUCAACAUUUUUUAUUAUUGCUCGUGGUAUUGAAUUUGGUGAUUUAAAAACGCAAAAAUGGUUAACAUCACUUAUUAGUGGUUUCUUUUCAUCAAUUCUUUUGAUUCAACCAUUAAAAAUUAUUAGUUUGGCAAUUUUUUUUGCUUUUUUUAUUCGAAACAUAAAUAAUGAUAAACAAGCGGCUGAAUUUUUAGAUAAUGAUGAUUUUGAAUUAACCCAAAAUGAAGAAUAUCUUCAUUCAUUUGAGGCAAAAUCACAAAAAGUAAAAACUCUUCAUUUAAAAUAG